AUGUUGUUACAAAUUGCUUUGUUCAUUGAUUUAUUAAUGCCUGUAUCUGUGUUGUCAAAAAACUUUCAAAGAGAAGAUCUGGACAUUGUAUCUUCCUUGAAUUCUCUUAGACAAGCUAAAGAGAAAAUCAUACAGUUAAAACACAAAGAGACCUACCAAAUGGCUAGUUUCAAAUUCUUGGAUUCAAAAUUGUUUAAAGGUGAUGAUUUUGUGGAGUAUCAAAACGUAAGAUUCAAGAAGACAGAAUUUGAUAAUGCAUAUGAACAGAUAAAAACUGACAAAGAAAAAUUAGUGGAUAUGUUAUUAGAAAAUCUGCAACAGAGACUUGAAGGGGAGGAUGAUAUUAUGUUUCAGAAAAUAGCUAAAAUAUUGGAUACUCAAAAUUGGAAUUCAUUGGCGAUUCAAUGUGAAAAAGAAGAAUUUGCUGAUGAUGAUAUUGUUUCACUUCUGGAACAUUUCUACCUAAUUUUAGUAGCCAAUGGUGUUGACAUUCCCAUCCCAGAAAUGCUUUAUGAGUGGCAUAACUUAGUUUAUUUUGUUAUUAAUUACUUGAAUCCAGUCAGAAAUGAAUAUAGAAUAACUUGGAAAGUUAUCUUUUCUUCUCCUAAAGCAAAGAGCAACUGGAAAAACAUUUUGAUCUUAAUAGAAAUUCUCCUUACCUUUCCAGAAAUGUUGACGGACCGAUUAUUUCGUAAUCAAGAUUUCAACUGGAGCGUCUCGGUAAAUGGAAAUGAGGGGACUGGUGUGUCUCUCUUUGAUAAUCAGGGAUAA